AUGUCUUCUAAUUCAGGGCAUUACACGUAUAAGCCAAAUAUUCGAGACAGUUGCUGUCCACAGUAUACAAUAAGAUUAAACGCGCUCAAAUUCCAAGCUCCAAGAUCACAGAGGAAAUUAAUUAAUAAAUUUAAUCGCUAUUUCGAAGGAUUGUUUGUGCCUUCGUUAGCGGAAGGAAAAGAAUUGGAAUUGAUUGCAAUACACAAGGAAGAUCCUCAACCUAAUACUAAUGUUAAAUCGAAAAAAGCAAAUAAGAAUGCACCUACAUUUGAUUUAGUUGAAGCCAUUCACGAACCUGAAGAAAAACAAGAUUGGAAGCAUCGGUUCAGGAUUAUAUUAGAGGAGUCUUCUUUUACUCAAGAAAAAUUUCAGUUAUAUAAAAAGUACCAAGUGAAUAUUCAUAAGAAUGAACCAUCUGAAGUCACAGAAAAUAGUUUUAAGCGGUUUCUCGUAGACUCGCCAUUAAUUUUUGAGCCCCCAUCCAGACCCAAUACUCCCGGUCACGGUUCAUUUCAUCAACUCUAUUAUUUAGACGACAAAUUAAUAGCAGUUGCAGUUCUUGACAUCCUUCCGAAAUGUGUGUCGUCUGUUUAUUUUAUGUAUGAUACGGACUAUUCGUUUCUUGGGCUUGGAAAGUAUAGCGCGUUGCGAGAAAUUUCUCUCUGUAAGGAAUUACAUGCUGCUGGAUAUACUGAGUUGGAAUGGUAUUACAUGGGCUUUUAUAUUCAUUUCUGUCAAAAAAUGCGAUAUAAGGGUCAAUAUCAGCCAUCUGAUCUAUUGGAUCCCGUUAGAAUGCUGGACCCCAAAAAUCUCACUUUUCAAGAUUUGCGUAAAGUUCCCGUAUUCACAAAUAGAACGAUAAAGAGAGUAGAGUCAAUUAGUAGAAUUCAGCGCAACGAAGAGGCAUUAGAAACAUUGAAAGAGUUUGUCGCGGCUCUGGGAAAAGACCUAGCUAAUCGAAUUGUUAUAUAUUUGGACAAUGUGUAA